AUGUUUCUAGCUGUGGAUGACGAGACGAGCAUCAAGCACUGCAGAAGAGGUCCCUGUGGAACGCUGGAGCGAUACUUUUUGUGCUUGUCGGACCUCACUGAACUGGUGGUUUCGACCUUCUCAGACGAUGGACUCGGUUUUCUGGCUCUGGAGGAGGAGGAGGACAAGACAAGAGGGCGGCUCAGCCACGAUCUUCCACGCGUUGCACCGAACGAAGGGAGCAGGCAACGGUGGGAUGGGAUACGAAGAACGGCGUGCAGCAGUGGUACAAGUAAAGUACCAAGUACAGGAAACCGGUACGACGUGAUCGAUGUCACGAUAUUAUAUUUGAUAGGUAAGGUAAUAAGGUAUGGUAUGGUUCGAGAUAUCGAGGGUCCAAGUCACGAAGAUGUCAAAUCUCCAAAACAAGGAGCUGUGCACAGCAUACAUAACAGUGAUAGCGGACGGGAUCUCCCCUUGCCUGUUCUCUUCUCUUCCCUGCUUGCUCUGUGGCAGAUCAUGUCCAGGCCAUGUCAUCGUUCAAAAACUCGAGACGAAGAGGCUCUUGCUCUAAUCUCAAACAAAUGGGUCGGUUGUCCCGGGUAUCAAAAGGUACAAGCUUAA